GGUAGUAUAUAAGCCUCAUGUUCCAGUUCUGCGAAAGUCAAAUGGAGUCGUCUUUUCUCGAGGACUUUCUCAAGAGAGAAGUCGAUCAAAAUCAAGUUAAUGCGUUAGUAGGGUCAUUUGAAAAUCAAUUGACCACACCAAGAAAUUGUAUUGCUCCCGCUAAAAGUGUUACUAGUAUAGCGCCAGGUCAAACAACGUCUCUUAGCCAGCUUGUGUCUCAGUCAGUCCCUAGAGCAGGGAGCACACCAGGGAAAUCAAUACAGAACCUUGUUAAUAGAAAUGUUUCUGCUAUUGUUGGUUCCCAGGUUAAUGGAAAAGUUACUUAUACAACUGAAAUUUCGAAAACACAAAGUAAUUCUUCUCCACGAAGUAACAUAGUUACAACAGCUCCGAGACCUUCAACGCCUACAAGUAGACAAAUCUCUGGUAGCCCGAGAAUGAUGACUCCUAAUCGCCAAGUUUCCAACAGUCCCAGACAAAUAAUAACACCUAAUAGGCCAACUACUGGGUUGUCUAUGGCUUCACCUCAGGUGUCUAUUGCCCCCAAAAUUACAAGUACUGUUCCAAUUGCCCCUCGUCUUGGUGCCAAUAUCAUGAUUACGCCACGACAAGCCCACUUACUAAUGGCACAGCGAUUUGGUCAUAAUGCAGCAUUAUUACAGAAUAAUGUCCUUACUGGUAUCCCAGGUGGUAUUCAAGUCAUACCCCGAGUUGCACAACCAGGAGGUGCAACUAUUGCAGUGCCACCAGUAAUGAAUACACAAAUACCUCCUGGAAUACGAACACUUACAGCACGAACUCCCAAUGUUGUGAAUAUGCUACAAAAGCCUGAUAUUAGAAUGCGCAUGAAUUCACCAUUAGCUGCAACAUCACUUACUCAAAUAAAGACAAGUAACAGUGUAAUACCUGGUCAAAUCAAUUAUAGAUUUCGUCAAGUAGGUCCAUCACAAGUAAAUCCUGCAAAUACUACAUCUGCGCCUGCUACAAUUGUUAAUGGUGCUUCACAAGCAAAUUCUGCUGCAAAUAUUACAAUGAUGAAAGAGUCUGUUAAAAGGUUAAAGGAAUUUUUUCAGAACUUGAUAAACUUAGCUUGUGGACCAAACCAACCACCAGAAAUUGGGAAAUUGGUUAAAGAGCUUGUCCAUAACUUAAUGCAAGGCCGUGUUAGUGAAGAGGAAUUUAUUGAAAAACUACAAAAAACAUUGAAAUCUGAUCCACAACCAAACCUUGUUCACUUCUUAAAGAAAACACUUCCACAUUUAAGAGAAACGAUAAGAAAACAACAAACACUUCAAAUGAACCCAAAAAGUCAGGCUCAACCUGUGUCAAUUAGUAACAGGAACCAAGUUCGAGCAACCUUGCCGUCGGUGAAUCAGCAUCUUCGAACAUCUGCAAAUAAUCUUCCCCAUAUAACUCCACAACAGUUAAUAGCCAAUAAGAAUCUUUCAGCUCAGGAACAACUUAUGCUGCAAAAGCAAUUAGCGCAACACGGCAGAAUUGUUGUUGCAAGUGCUGGACAAACUACUCCAGGAAUGAAAACAUUUCUGCCUGGUGCCACGCAUAAUCAGGCUGCCUCAAGAAUGGGAAUGAACAAGCAAAUACCUGGCAUGGCAGCAGCAGGAGCACCUAAAGAAAAACCUCGAAAUACGCAAUAUUCGUCAGCAGUCGGUGGAGAUGAGGAUUUUAUUGAUGUCACUUGUAUGGCUGGUGUUAAUCUUAUGGAAGAAAGUCAAAAGAUUUUAGCCACUGGUGCAGAUUUUAUGUCGUAUCAAACAAGAAGUGUUAAAGAUAGUCCUAUAUUGGUGAUGGAUAAGUUAAAAAAGUUGGUUGAACAGAAAGCACAAAGUUUUGGUAUAAAAGAUAUCGGCAACAGCGUAUUAACUGUAAUAUCACACGCGACUGAAGAAAGGCUCCGGAAUUUGAUCGAAAGACUUACAGCAUGUAGUUUACAUCGCAGUGAUCCACACAAAGACGACGUUCGCUACGACACAAUAUCUGACGUGAGAAAACAGUUACGAGUCUUCGAAGAAAUCGAUGAAGUUGAGCGAAAACAUCGAGAAACUAGGGAACGUGAAAUGCUAAUGCGAGUUGCAAAGAGUCGUUCAAGAACUGAAGAUCCGGAGCAGGCUAGACUAAAAGAGAAAGCUAAACAGAUGCAAAUGGAAGAGGAAGAAAUUAAUCGUAAACGUGCCGCAAAUCGAACGGCCCUUGAAGCAAUUGGUGGUCCUAAAAAGAAACGUAAACUGGACGAGGCGCUAGAAUCGCUACAAAAUGACAAAACACCAGUGAAUAAUUCUGCGACGCCGACAUCUACCGCAAACACUACACCAACAACGCAGAAUGUUCGAACCCGUCAACAUCGCAUUACAACAAAGGACUUGACAUUCGUUUUAGAAUCUGAGAGAGACACUUGUAAAUCUUUAGUUUUGUAUCGUUCUUAUACUAGGUGACAGUAUAUUUUUUAAUUUUUUUAUCAAUGUUAUGAUUGGAAUGCAAAUUUGUAUAUUUCGUUAUUCAAACUUUUUUUGAAACUCGAACUCGAAUGCAGCUUUUAUUACUUCGUGCCUUUUCAUCCUUUUAUUUUUUCAUUGCUUUGGAAUGUGAAAGGAAACAAAGACUUUUACGCUGUUAGAGGGAAAGCAUCAGCUUAUCUUUCUCUGGUAAAAAAGUAUAAAAGAAAGAGAAAAGUGAUAAAGAGCAUAUAUUAGUGUUUUGGUAUUUUAUUUUUCGUGCAAAUAUGAUUGCUUGAGGGAAUUUUCAUCAAGUUAAAGGCAUUUUUCCAUCAACCAAAAUAAGACCGUUUUAACGUUACGUGAUUAGUUGGUUUAUUAAGUCUUCUUUUUGCCAGUAAAAUUGUCGGUGAAACGAUUUUACUACAUGUGAUGUAAAAACGUUUCUGAAUAGGAAACAAAGUGGUUUUCUCUUAACACAAUUCUACUGUUGUAAUAGAUAGCGUUUUUCACUAACGGCCAUGGAAGUGCAAAAUUUAUAUUGCAGAUAAAUAUUUCAAAAAAAAAAAAAAAAAAUUCACUGACGUUGCUUCUCUAUUUUCUUCUAUUUUACUAUAAAAAAACUUUUUUUGGCCAGAACGCUAAAAACGUAUUGAGUCGAUACUUUUCAAAAUCUUACAUAAUAUAUAUAUUUUAUCUUAAACUCGUAAACUUUUUCCUGUCUGUAUUAAUAACGUUAAAAAAAGGCAAACCAAUGUAUUCAGGGUACGCUGACGAAAUUUUGUGACCUACGAGAAAAAAGCAUUCAUUUCGUUCUUACGAGAACAUCAGUUUAAAGGCGGAAGAUUAAUAAGAAACUUGUAAACUUAUCGCUUAUGGGAAUUUUAAAAAUUCUUCUUUCUAUUAAAUUUCCUUUAAAGCUUUCUUGUAGCAUGAAUGUUAUGUUUUAAUUUUGGGCGUGGCUUUUUCCGGUCGCAUCUUGUGUAUCAAACAUCAAAAUAUGAUGCAUACAAUAUAUAUUAUUUUCUUGUAUACAUUUUGUGAAAUUUUGGAAAAUGUGGUGAUAAACAAUGCAAUUUCUUAC